UAGCCUGCGUAGCGGUCCACUCUCUCUCUGUCUGUCUGUAGAAAGCGGAGUGGGAGAGCAGAAGGUAAUGUAGAGGGGGGAAAUAUUGAACAUGGAGGUACGCAUGGUUGUCUGAUGACAACAAACGUUCGUUGAGUCGUAAAGUCAGUGGCAAUCAAAGUGAGGAAAAUGGUUCGAGUGUGUUGUGUCUGUGGGGUCCAACAGUCGAAGUCGAUUCCUAAUCCGAAUCGUAUGUUUCAUCGCUUGCCUAAAAAUCCAGAAACACGGAACAAGUGGUUACAAAUAUUAGGGAAAGGGAACGUGAAAGAACUUGCUGUUUGUAGUAAUCACUUUCUACCGAAGGAUUACCGCCCAUUAUGUGACAAAUCUUUAUUGCAAUCUUAUGCUGUUCCACGGCUUAAUGUUGCUAGUGUGGCUACGUGUGGCUCUUUGCCUGAGAGUCAAAAUGUGCAUUCAGAAAAUUUCGUGAAUGAGGUGGAGUCGUCGCAAUUGCAUGAAAAUACGAUGGUUGGGGUCGAAUCACCAACAAUAAUCCGUACUCCUAGCUCUCCUCCGGCACAGUUAAUCGAAACUUCUUGUCUUCCCUCUGAACAAGCUGUUACAUGUUGUAGUGCUUCGCGUGGACAAUCGAUUUCAAUUUCUAGUCCUCCUGACCAAUCGAUUUUACCUUCGAGUCCCCCCUCUGAACCCUUUAACCCAACUCGUAGUUCGCCUCCUGAACAAUCCACGCCAACCCCUAGCUCUUCUCCUGAAUCGUUGUCAACCCCUAGUCCUCCUCCUGGGAAAUCAGCUGUUCCAAGAACUGAAGUUUUGAAAAGGAAAAGAGGUACAAACAACGAUGAAUUCGAUAUGCCACCCAAAAAGCGGGUGAAUUUGAAGGAAUUUGGCAUAUUCCGGAGUGGAGAAUUCAAGGAAGAAGCAAGUUGGAGGAAAUUCAUGAGAUGCAUUAGAGGAUUGAAAGGAAAAAUUGAAGUAUUAAGUCGUAGGAAUGAACGCUUGGUUUCAAAAAUUGAAACGUACAAACAUGUUAUUGACGAAUUAAAGAGGAUAGACUUGCUGACGGAUUCAGCUGCGGUUAUUUUGAAUAAAACCUGGUCUGAUACAGUUCUAGAGUUGAUACAGGCAAUAUUAUUUGGGAAAAAGCAUGAAUUCCCACCAGAAUUGAAGGAAUUUGCUUGCACAUUACACUUCUAUCCCCCAUCUGCAUAUGAAUAUGCUAGACAAACCCUCAUGAAAGUAUUCUCACAUGAGAGCACCAUAAGGAGAUGGAUGCAUUCCAUUAAUUUCGAACCAGGGAUUUCGACUGAGGUACUGAACUCCAUUCAAGAGUUAUGUCAGAAUGCUGAGGCGGAAGGAAAGAAGAUUUAUUUUUCAUUGACGUUCGAUGAGAUGGCUAUUAGGAAAAAUGUUGAAGUGGACAGUCAGGGAAAAAUCACGUGAUAUGUAGACGUUGACAACAGGACCGAGG